UUGGCGGAACAGAAACCUCUUUGCUGCUCAACUGGAGGCAUUUCGCUUUUACAUUCUCUGAUCAGCCCUAGCUCGCCCUCCUGCCUCUGGGAUCUCAACCACCCUACUCCGGUCACCGCGCCACCGUCCAUUCUCUGACCAGCAUCAGUUGGUGAGCAGCGUGCACCUCAAGUCACCAAGGAGCUUCUUUAGUGCUUCAGGGUUUAGUUUUGCGUCGGCGAGUUGCCAGCAGUAUCUCAUAUCUGAGAAAUCAUGCACGCCCCGGUUCUAGUGCUCAAGGACUCUUUGAAACGGGAGUCUGGAAGCAAGGUGCAACAUGCUAAUAUUCAGGCAUCGAAGGCUGUUGCUGACAUAAUUCGUACAACCUUGGGACCCAGGUCCAUGUUAAAAAUGCUACUUGAUGCCAGUGGAGGAAUUGUGGUGACAAAUGAUGGAAAUGCUAUCUUGCGUGAAUUAGAUCUUGCUCACCCAGCUGCUAAGUCUAUGAUUGAGUUAAGUCGCACCCAAGAUGAAGAAGUAGGAGAUGGAACAACAUCUGUCAUCAUUCUUGCUGGCGAGAUGCUCCAUGUCGCUGAAGCAUUCAUUGACAAAAAUUAUCAUCCUACAGUCAUUUGCCGAGCUUAUAACAGAGCUCUCGAGGAUGCUAUUGCUGUGCUUGACAAAAUUGCCAUGCCCAUUGAUACCAAGGAUCGAGGUACAGUGCUUGGCCUAGUGAAGAGCUGCAUAGGUACCAAAUUCACUAGUCAAUUUGGAGAUUUAAUUGCUGAUUUAGCCAUUGAUGCUACCACAACAGUAGGUGUUGAUCUUGGCCAAGGUUUGAGAGAUGUGGAUAUAAAAAAUUAUAUUAAAGUUGAAAAGGUCCCUGGCGGGCAGCUGGAGGAUUCUAGAGUUCUUAAGGGAGUCAUGAUAAACAAAGAUGUGGUUGCCCCUGGCAAAAUGAGGAGAAAGAUUGUUAACCCGCGAAUCAUCCUUUUGGAUUGCCCCCUUGAGUAUAAAAAGGGUGAAAACCAAACAAAUGCUGAGCUGCUCAGGGAAGAAGACUGGAACAUCUUGUUGAAGAUGGAAGAAGAAUACAUCGAGGAGAUGUGCAUGCAGAUAUUGAAGUUUAAACCAGACUUGGUUGUUACGGAGAAGGGACUUAGUGAUUUGGCAUGUCAUUAUCUGAGUAAGCAUGGAGUCAGCGCAAUCAGGAGGCUGAGGAAAACUGAUAAUAAUAGAAUUGCAAAGGCAUGCGGUGCUGUUAUUGUGAACAGACCAGAUGAAUUGCAGGAGUCUGAUGUUGGGACUGGUGCUGGGUUAUUUGAAGUUAAGAAAAUUGGAGAUGAGUUUUUCGCAUUUAUUGUUGAUUGCAAAGACCCUAAAGCUUGUACUGUACUUUUAAGGGGUGCCAGUAAGGAUCUCUUAAAUGAAGUUGAAAGAAACCUCCAGGAUGCUAUGUCUGUUGCAAGGAACAUUAUAAAAAAUCCAAAGCUUGUUCCUGGAGGUGGGGCUACGGAGUUGACUGUAUCAGCAGCUUUGAAGCAGAAGAGUUCAUCCAUCGAGGGCAUAGAGAAGUGGCCUUAUGAAGCUGCUGCCAUUGCGUUUGAGGCCAUACCCCGUACUCUAGCACAAAAUUGUGGGGUAAAUGUGAUUCGGACCAUGACUGCACUGCAAGGAAAACAUGCAAAUGGAGAGAAUGCAUGGAUUGGCAUUGAUGGAAAUACUGGUGCCAUCGCUGACAUGAAAGAGCGGAAGAUCUGGGAUGCCUACAAUGUGAAGGCACAAACAUUUAAGACCGCCAUUGAAGCUGCUUGCAUGCUUUUGAGAAUUGAUGAUAUAGUGAGUGGAAUCAAGAAGAAGCAGGCUCCUGGAGCUGGCCAGGCUCCAAAGCCCAAGGUGGAGACUGAGGCAGAUGCUGACGGUGAGCAAAUUUUGCCAGACUGAUGACAGUUAGACGUUUCUUUUUGACAUUGUUGAAGAUCUUCAAGUUUCUUGGUGAGCUUUGAAUCUAAUCACAAUUCUUAAAAUUUUGGGCCCUCGAUAGUGCUGUUGUGUUUUUUUACUUCGUACUGUUUUUAGGAGGGAUUGCAAACUGUUUUUUCUUGAUGGUUUAGUGGCAUCUGUUCAUCUGCCCGUUGUUUUUCAUAGACUUGAAUUUGAAUGCCGGGGUAAGAUCUGAGCCGAGGCUUUAUAUUUUGUGUAAUCAGGCUUCUACUAGAGAACUAUAGUUGUUAGUUGUUAGUUAAUUUAUUCUUAGUCGAUUUGCUAUGUAUGAUGGGAUCCUAAGCGGGAAAAGAUUCCAUUGGACUAUCUAUUUUACGACUACUCUCCACCAUUUUAAUACUAAUCCUUAAAUUUGCGUGAAA